CCAAAAAAUAAUCCGGCAAGGGCGGCAUCUACUAGUAGCACAGGGGCCAUUCUCCAUCUUGGCCCUGUUGGCCCCUCUAGGAGAGCACUUCACAAUAGUUGGCGUUGUUAUAUUUUGCCAAUUAACACGCUGAUGGGAGAGAGAUUUAUAUAUACGGAUUGAUCUUUAGGAAUCAUUUCACCACGCCACUUCUCUACUCAUCCCGAUAACUCCCCAUUGAACUUCGAGAGACCGAGUACCAGAGUUCGCUUUCUGCAGAUCCUAGACUAUUCAGCCCCGAACCAGGAAUCCAUAAUUGACAGCCUUGCCAAGAAAGGGCCUUACUAGGUGUCAAUAUUGUGGGGAAUCUACCACGCCGCCGAUUCUAUUUUCAGCUUUCCUCCUCCUCGCUCGUGCUCUUUUCAAUUCCCAAAUAUACCCGGCCUCUCUAUAUUUCCACUUCUCCUGUCAGCUGAGUUACUGUCCAAGGAAUUGUGCGCUUAGGAUCCUCAAAGCGUAAGCAAGCCACAGUUGGAAGUUAUUGGUAGACCAGUAAACAGGACGCGGGACGCAACGCCUCAAUUCAACUUCAGCCGCACAUCACAUUGCCACUCGACGGCGCAGUUCACACUUGUUAAUCCUCUGUCGACGACCAUAUAUACUUCCUCCGACUGAAGUCAUUCUGAAUCCUGCAAAAGACUCUCAUAUCUCUUCCUAAACCGACAAAAUGGUCGACGCCACACGGAAACCAGAGGAGCCCGUCUCCAAUGAUGGACCAGCCUCCAACGACACCCAGCAACAACAAGAAGAACCCAAUUCCCAGAACGAAAGGUCCGAACAAGAGCCAGAAGCCCAAGAAGGUGGUUCCCACCACCCAGAUCAGGAAUCCGAAGCCAUAGAGAAGCGCUCGAAGAAGGGCAAAGUGAAGGACAAGGUCGAGGAGAAGAAAAAGAAGGCCUACGAGAUGGCCAACCCCCCGGGCGGGUACGACUCGACGCCCGUUCCGUCAGCCCCAGAUGGAUAUACCGUCAAGUUCACAUUCAUCCGCGCCGAGAACCUGCCCAUUGGCGACCUGGGCACAGCGUCUUCGGACCCGUUCGUGAUAGCGACGUUGACGAGCCAUGGGAUUAAGCCGAGACACAAGGAGGACCCUGAGAUGAGGUUGCGGACAAGGACAAUUCAGAAGGAUACUAAUCCGGUUUGGAACCAGGAGUGGAUCGUGGCUGGCAUUCCGAGCAGUGGCUUCAAACUCAAGUGCCGCCUCUACGACGAGGAUGCCAAUGACUCGGACGACCGACUCGGCAACGUGACGGUGGUGGUGCCGCACAUCAGUGAGAAUUGGGAGGGAAUGCGCGAGGCUGGCUUCCCGGUCAAGAAGCGGAUGGGCAGCUGGCGCGCAUAUCUCUUGAAGGGCAUCACGACGAUGUGUGGCAGCGAUGGGGAUCUCUCGGGCCAGCUGUUCCUGAGCAUGGAGGUGCUGGGAAAGAGCGAUAAGCCGCAUGGGAAGAUGUAUACCGUGGGACCUACGAGAUGGACGAAGCACUACAGUCCCAUGAUUGGCCGUCUUGCUGGCACCAAGGCGCCAAAGGUCGAGGGACAUGAAGGCGAGAAGGCCAAGGUUGAGAGAUACGAUUUCCAAGCCAACCAAAUCCAACUGCAAGGCCCCGUCCCCGACGAACUCUACCACCGCUUCGUCGAAUUCAAACCCUUCGUCAAAGGCAUGUUCGACAAGACCGGCCUCCGCGGCCACGUUCUCAACGCCGCCCUCCACCACCAACACGCGCGCGUCUACAACUACUCCAACACCACCACCCACGGCACCAUGGAGCCCAAAUCCCAAGAAGCCGCACUGCAGUUCCUGAAACUCGCGCACUUCGACGAAGGCGGCCGCCUCUUCACCUACGUCCUCACCCUCGACGGCCUCCUCCGCUUCACCGAGACGGGCAAGGAAUUCGGCAUCGACAUGCUCAGCAAACACACCAUGCACAGCGACGUCAACCUCUACAUCGCGUGCUCGGGCGAAUUCUUCAUCCGCAGACUCAAGGACAAGAAUAGCAGCCCCGAAGACCCGAAUCAGCAGACCCACCCUACCGAUGACAUCGAAGGCGGACCGCCCCACUCACCCCCGCCCAAGGACCCAGCGAACUACGAACUCGUAAUCGACAACGACAGCGGCACCUACCGCCCCGACGGCUCGCUCCUUCCCAAACUCCAAUCCUUCCUCGAAGCCAAUCUCCCGGGCCUCAAGAUCGUCACGAAGCCCUGCACGGACGACAAGCUGCAGCGCAUGAAGAAGGAGCAGCGCGAGACGAAGAAGAGGCAGGGAGAGCAGGUACAGGUGUACCAGGGCGAUAGCGAUGGGGGGUGGAGCUCCAGUGAUGAGGAGAGCAUGGAUGAGCGCGCGCAGGGGAAGAAGAGUAAGAAGGAUAGGAUGUUUGAGGCGAUUGAGGACCCCGAGGCCGCGAUUAGGGGGCUGAGACAUGGGGGGAGGGCGAAGAGGGAGGAGAGGGAGGAGGAGGAGGAUAGAGUGGAUGAUACGGUUGAGGCGGGGGAGGGGGCGGCGAAGAAGUGAGGCGAGAUUGAUGGUGAGGGUGGGUAAGUCGGACGCGCGGGCGGGUUGAGCGUGACGGCUUUGUAUAUGGGCUACUCUCUUUUAAUUGCGGUUGGGUUUCGUUUGUUUGGCAUGGCUUGAGCUAGAUGCGUAAGGACUGCGCGGAAAAUCUUGUUUUUUAAUACCCGGACACCCUGGUGGGGGGUGAUAUACACGGCCUUGCGGCCAUUUAUGCGUUUUCUUUUUAUCUCGGGGAGGGAAGCACGUCUUGCUUGAAAGCCACUGCGAGGGUGGGUGGUAUAUAAUGUUUUAUUGCGGUGGGAAAGUGGAAG